ACGGGGACACCUGGAAGCUUCCAGGCACGACGGUGGAAUUUGGCCCGGGUCUGCAGCCUCGGUAUCCGUAGGGCUGGCGGCGCGGAGGCGCUUGACCGCGGCUGCUGUUGGGUGAGCUCAUGUCCACCGACCUUAGGACGCCCCAACCAGACCCGGCUGAAGGCCGCCGCAGGCCUAGGUAGCAAACUUCCCGCGCUCGGCGCCCCUGGUCUUCGGCAGCGGCACGAGCAGUUCAGCUUUCUCGGUCUCCCUCCAUGGCUUCCCGGUGACAGACGAAAAGCAACCUUGGAAUUUCGGUUAACUGGGUGACCUUGAGCCCAGAGCGACGUCUAGCUUGUAUUUCCUCGCUGCACUCAUCUCUUCAGGAACUUUGUGAGAAUGUCAAUAUAUGGAAACACUGUUCGUGUUCCAACUGGUGUGUAUCCGAAGGUCUCAGUAUAAUACCAGGACCAAAAUAUUGCAUGUCAGUCAGUCAGCCAGCCAUAUACUUAAUGACUCCUAGGAUCUCAUGGGCUUCUAAAGAAGCACCAUGGCUUGUGCUGCUGUUGUGGUCUCUGGGUUUUUACGAAGCUCUGUUGGAGCCAUCUGCACCCAGGCUGCUUCGUUGAGAUUGACGCCCAGUGCCUUGCGCCAUCUUACUCUAGCCAGCAUAAUGAAAUCCAAAAAGAAAACUGAUCACUUGGAGAGAACUGCAAAUGUCGUUCGACGGGAGGUCGUGUCAGCAGCAAAGGUGUGUGGAGCUGCCAGUGAGUCACCGUCUGUGAAGAGGCUCUGCCUGCUUGUUGCUGAUAAGGAUUUUUCUUUUAAAGCUGGCCAGUGGAUUGAUUUCUUUAUCCCAGGAGUCUCUGUGGUUGGUGGGUUCUCAAUAUGCUCUAGCCCCAGACUGCUAGAACAAGAGAGGAUGAUAGAAUUGGCAGUGAAAUAUACAAACCACCCUCCUGCUCUCUGGAUUCACAAUCAGUGUACACUUGACUCUGAAGUGGCCGUGAGAGUGGGUGGAGAGUUCUUCUUCGACCCCGAGCCUUCAGAUGUGUCCAGAAACCUUGUGUUGAUUGCGGGAGGAGUCGGAAUUAACCCUCUGCUUUCCAUCCUGCGGCACUCGGCAGAUCUCCACAGAGAACGGGCAAACAAAGGAAGUGGAUACGAGAUCGGAACAAUAAAAUUAUUCUACAGUGCAAAAAACACCAGUGAACUCCUGUUUAAGAAAAAUAUCCUCGAUUUAGUAAAUGAAUUUCCUGAGAAGAUUGCAUGCAGUUUGCAUGUUACAAAACAGACUACACAAAUCAGUGCAGAGCUCAAGCCAUACAUCACGGAAGGAAGAAUAACGGAGAAGGAGAUUAGAGAUCAUAUUUCAAAAGAAACUUUGUUCUAUAUUUGUGGCCCACCUCCGAUGACAGACUUUUUCUCCAAGCAACUGGAAAACAGCCAUGUUCCCAAAGAACACAUUUGCUUUGAGAAAUGGUGGUAGGGAGCGGGCAAAGGUAGAAAAGAGAACGCUGUGAGAUCCACUCAGGACAGUAACAAGUAGUACACGAUUUGUGGGAAGAUGAAUUUACCUCUACUCAGCCUUGUUUUUCAAGACUGUGAACUAAGUGACCCACUGGAGAGUAACAGAAAACCCAGCUGACAGACUUAAAUAAUAAACUUUUUGCAAAGACUUCAUCGAUUAAACUAUUUUUUACUGUAUUGACUUUAUUUUAUUAAUAACUGUUUGAUUAUCUCUUGAUGUACCUUGAAUUGGUCAAUAUAGAUUUUCUUUCCUCUGAGGGAAAAAACAGAUACGUUUAAUCAUAUGAAAAUACAGUUUUGUGUGUGAAAUGUAGGCUAUCUUUAAAUUCUUUGACAGCAGCCUAUAUAUCUCAUUUUCAAUAAACUUGUAAUUUAAACACA